AUGAAAAGGCGAAAAUUCGAAUGGUUCCUUUCCGAAUUAAAUGAUUUCGAUUCUCCUAAAUUACAGCUUGAACAAUACUCGACAAAUCCGCAGUUGGCAGUUGAUAUAUUAUAUGCUGUUGAGAACGAUGGAAGAAUCAAUGGUAAAUAUAUUGCUGAUCUUGGUUGCGGUUGUGGUUUCCUUCUUUUAGGAGCGAGCAGAAUUGGUGCAUCUUACUGUCUUGGAAUCGAUAUCGAUAUUGAUGCUUUAGAAAUUUGUCGUAGAAAUAUUGAGGAAAAUGAAUUUGAAAAUGAAAUGAUCGAUCUCUUACAAUUGGACGUCAUUCGGGAUAUUUCAGCCGUUCAAACUUCUUUUGAUACAGUUUUAAUGAAUCCUCCAUUUGGUACAAAAAAUAAUGAAGGAAUUGAUUUAAAAUUUGUUGAAGCUGGUCUUUCUUUGAUCGACGAAGGUGGUUAUUUAUAUUCUUUGCAUAAAACGAGCACGAGGAGUUAUAUUUUAAGGCAAGGCGAUAAAUGGAAUGUGAUCGUAAAAUGUAUCGCAGAGUUGCGUUGGGAUCUUCCUGCGACCUAUAAACAUCAUAAAAAGAAUUUUGUUGAUAUUGCUACUGGUGUCAAAGAAUAUGAUAUUUAUGCUGGUGAAAGAUCGUUGAUCACUUCAAAGGAAUUUCUAGCAGCUAAUAGAUGCUUAGUAAAUAUUAAUGAAGAUUGCAAGAGGCUAGACAUGGAUAAAGUCCCAAUAUUGGUCGCAGCGCCAAUGGUCCGAUAUUCGAAGUUGCCUUUCCGUUCUCUAGUCCGUCUUUAUUGUGCAGAUCUUGCUUAUACUCCUAUGAUUUAUGCGAAAAGUUUUAUUGCAUCGGAAAUUUGUCGAAAUGUCGAAUAUACGACUUGUAAUGGUGAUUCACCGACAAUCGUGCAAUUCGCUUCCAAUCAUCCUGAAGAAUUCGCGACUGCAGCUGAAUUUAUACAUAGAUAUUCUGAUGGUAUUGAUCUCAAUUGUGGUUGUCCUAAAUCAGGUGUCACAAGUGAGGGGUAUGGCAGCAAAUUACUGAGUGAUCCCGAGGUCAUUGCAGAUAUGAUUGCAGUUACUCGUCGACGAAUAAAUGAUCCUCAUUUUGCGAUAUCUGUGAAAAUUCGACUAAGGGCUGAUUUAAGAGAAACAGUAGAAUUGUGCCAUCGUGCUCAAAGGGCUGGUGUAUCAUAUAUAACUGUGCAUGGUCGUACUCCUGAUCAAAGGGCUGAACCAGCUGAUUACGAUGCUAUUCGACUCAUUAAAUCUGCACUAGAUAUUCCGGUGAUCGCAAAUGGCGGUAUUAAGAGUUACCAACAAGCUUUAACGGUUGCAAAAUAUACUAAUGCUGAUGGAAUAAUGGUAGCAAAUGGUUUACUGGAAAAUCCCGCAAUGUUCGCUGGCCACAAAUAUACUCCAAUUCAGUGUGUUAAAGAUUGGUUAGAUAUUAGUUUAAAGUACGGAUGUCCUUAUGAUCUCUUUCAUCAUCAACUUAUUUUUAUGUUACGAUCUGUUUUAUCCGUGCCUCAAAGGACUAUUUUCAACGAUUUAUCAAGUUUUCCUGCAGUUUUGGAUUUUCUUAGUGAAGCAGGCAUUGAUUAA